CCUAAAGCAUCAUCCUAUGGGUUUUCAGUUUUCACCCCCAUUUACCAAAAAGAAAUUAAGAUGUCUACUUUAGCUGAAGAAGCAGCAAAACGCACCGCUUCGAUCCACUUUGUUGUCAAAUCUCAAAAAGAGUAGCAUUGGCAACGUUUUGUUUUGAUUUUGCAAAACGAGCGUUUGUGGGUUUUGAAUGGAGAGUUUAGAAGAUGAGUAGCACUAGUGUAUUAGUUGCAGGCCUUCCCUGUCAUCCAAACCUUAACGCCACUCUUUAUUCUCCAACUCCAACUCCAACUCCAACUCCAACUAAUACAUCAAACACAAAGGAUGGAGACAAUUUGGUAAUGAAGGUUGAUGGGUUUAAGUGGCGUUUGGUUAUAGCUUACGACGGCACCCGUUAUUCAGGAUGGCAAUAUCAGAGUUCACCACCUACCAUACAGCGCUAUGUGGAGAAAGCUCUAAUGGGAGCAACGAAGCUGGAAAGGAAGGAUCUUCAUUUGGUUGGUGCAAGUAGGACAGAUAAGGGUGUCCAUGCUUGGGGUCAGGUUGCACACUUUGUCACACCGUUCAACUAUGACAGAAUAGAAAGCAUUCAUGCAGCUCUCAAUGGUACUCUUCCGGAGGAUAUCCGUGUUAGGGAAAUUAGUCCUGCUAUGCCUGAAUUCCAUGCUCGUUUUUCAGCCCAAAGGAAGGUGUAUCAUUACAGAAUAUAUAAUGACACAUUCAUGGACCCAUUUCAGCGUCACAAUGCUUACCAUAGUGCUCAUAAGUUGAACCCUGCUGUUAUGAGAGAAGCUGCGAAGUAUUUUAUUGGAAAGCAUGAUUUCUCUGCUUUUGUAAAUGCAUCCCAGAAGGAGCGAGUGCGGGAUCCAGUAAAGGAUAUAUUCCGUUUUGAUGUUGUCCAAAUGGGGGCUCUUUUACAGCUUGAAGUUGAAGGCUCGGGAUUCUUAUAUAGACAAGUCCGGAACAUGGUCGCUCUGCUACUUCAAAUCGGAAGGGAAGUAGUUCCCCCUGACAUUGUACCCAAGAUAUUGGCAACACGAAAUCGAAGGGAGCUUGCUAAAUAUUCCUUGUUGGCUCCACCCCAAGGGCUUUGUCUUAUGGCAGUCGAGUAUAACGAGGACCAUCUACGGCUUCCAUCUGGUUCCCCUAACCCCAGUUUUGGUAGGCAUUAUACUAUAAAAUCUUGUAAGCUUCCAUUCUACUAAAGAUUGCAGUACUUGUACCCAAAAAAAUAUUCAAAUAUUAUAAAACGAAGAUUCAUGCAAUGGUGAGUGCUUUUAAUUUCUGUUGCAAUUUUUCAGUCCUCUUUGGGUUUGGUAAAUUUGUAGUCGACUCUA